GUAGCUCUGAGUCGGCGACCCGUACGGGCAGGGGACUGCGGGGUAUCCAGCAUGGCCGACGAGACGGUGGUGUUAAAAGUGAGACAGGGCGAAAUGCGCGGACGGCGCAGGCGCACAGUCUGGGGAUUCCCCUACGUCUCCUUCCAGGGAAUCCCCUACGCCCAGCCACCUGUUGGGCCUCUCCGCUUCAAGCCGCCACAACCUGCAGGAGACUGGUCCGGCGUGCUGGAUGCCACCAGAGAGGGAAACAUCGCAGCACAGAUGAACCUGACUUUGGGCAAGUACGAGGGGGAGGAGGAUUGCCUCUUCGUCAAUGUCUACACUCCGAAGUUGCCUUCGGAAGGCGCCCGCGGCCUGCCCGUCAUGUUCAUGGUGCAUGGAGGCGGAUUGUCUGCCUUCUCGGGCAAUGAAGACUGGUUCGGACCGGACCUGCUUAUACAGCACGGCAUCAUCAUGGUGUCCUUCAACUACCGGCUGGGGGUGCUCGGCUUCCUGAGUACGGGUGACAAUGUGGUUCCUGGCAACAUGGGCUUCAAGGACCAGGUAAUGGCGCUGCGGUGGGUGCGGGACAACAUCUCCAGCUUUGGCGGAGACCCCGACAACAUCACCAUCUUUGGGUGCAGCGCAGGAGGCUGGUCCUGUCAUGCGCUAGUUCUCUCCCCGAUGGCGAAAGGCCUAUUCCGGAGAGCCAUCGCCCAGAGUGGAGUAGCGACAGGCGAUGGGCUCUUCUCGAAGGACGUGCGUACGAGGUCCUUUCUGCUGGGAGAGCACCUGGGCCUGAAGACGCAGGACUCCAAGGAGCUUGUGGAGUUCCUCAGCAAGCAGCCUGCUAGACUGCUACAGGAGAGCGCCAUGUUGGGUCGCACAGAAGAGGACAAGGUUCGCUGUUGGAUCUUCAACUUCGCGGGCACGCUGGAGGCUCCAGACGCUGAGGGGGGAGCGUUCAUGACUCGCCAUCCCACGGACAUCAUGCUCAGUGGAGAUUUCGAGGCGGUGCCGUUCAUCGCCGGCGUCUGCGACUUCGAAGGGUCAGUAACUGCCACAGUUGCGCUCGUGGAGACGGACAUGAUGUCCAACAUGGCGCGCAAUCCUCGCUUGUUGGUUCCCGUCGACCUGAGAUGCAGCGAAUCCGAGAAGGACGCCGUGGCAGAGGAGAUCCGUCGCUUCUACUUCGGCGACCGCGACAUCGGGCCCGAGACCGACAAGCAGCUUUACGACCUGUUUGGGGACACGGUGUUCACCUAUGCUGCAGUCAGGGCGGCCAAAAUCCACAGUAAUAAGUCUUCCCAGCCAGUGUACUUCUACAACUUCGACAGACCGCGAGAACUUGUUCCUCAAGGACCUCUCAUGGGUGAGGCUGCCAGAUCCAACGAGAAAUUCAAAGCAACCAGCCAUGGGGCAGACUUGGCGUUCUUGUUCCGCAUCGCCAUGUAUGGAGAACCGCCGGAGAAGGAUUCCGAGGAUGGAAAAAUCGCCAUGAAGAUGACUCGCCUUUGGACCAACUUCGCCAAGACUGGGAAGCCCACGGACCCUGAACUGGAUGUAUCAUGGCCACCUUUCACCGCAGACGACGCAGCCUACCUGUACGUAGGCCGGCAGGGAUUCAGUGUCCAACGGCGGCCGUUUGCCGAAAGGGUAGCGUUCUGGGACGACCUGUACAAACGCUAUGGUGGCUAGAGAGACUGCACAGUACUUCCACACUACAACAAGAGGUAUUGGCCUCACAUCACACACAAUGAAACCCUCAGCGCUCUCUUCAUACCGUGCACAGAUGCCAAUAAUCAACUAUAACGUCUCUUAAAGUAUUUGUAGUUGUAAAGGAAGCCAUUGUUCGAAGAAACGACACUUAUGCUAAAUUUGUAAUAAAGAAAUGCAAACAAAA